AUGUAUUUGAAUCUUCAUCCAAAGCAUCUCAUCCUGCUGGUCGCUGCGCUGGUCACCUUCGCAUGCGUGUCCAUCAGGCGUUUCCUUGUCCGGCGCCAGUUCGCACGCAAGCACGGUUGCCAGGCAGUGGCAAGAUCCUUCAGUAAAGAUCCUUUCCUAGGCCUCGAUACAAUCCCCGGGACCAUCCGCGCCCUGAGACAGCACAAAAUCCUCGAAAGGAGUGUCGAGCUCUUCCGCAUCUACGGCAACACCUUUACACUGACUGAGCUGCAGAAACGCGCCAUCCUGGCCAUAGAGCCGGAAAACAUCAAGACGAUCCUGUCACUGAAAUUCAAUAAUUACGGCCUCAGCCAUCGCCUUGAGCCCUUCAAACCUCUCCUGGGCGAGGGCAUCUUCGACACCGAUGGCGCGCACUGGGCGGCAUCGCGCGCCCUGAUCCGGCCUAGCUUUACCCGGGACCAGGUGGCUGACUUGACGUCGUUGGAUAACCUGAUUCAGGAUCUCUUCGCGCUGCUCCCAAGGGAUGGGACGACAGCCGUGGACUUGCAGGAGCUAUUUUUCCGGUACACGAUCGAUUCCGCGACUGAGUUCCUGUUCGGACAGUCGGUGGGUACUUUGAAGAAGGCUCAGUCCGAGCUUGGGUUUGCGCAGGCAUUCCAUUAUGCACAAAAGGCUAUCAUCACGCGAGGCAUGCUGGGCCCACUGGCCGUAUUCUACCGCGAUCGAAAGGCAGAUGAGUGCAAUCGCGUCUGCAGGGAGUUCGUCCAGCGGUUUGUCGAGGAGGCAUUCCACGCAGCCGAGGGGGAAAGAGAAAAGAAACAGGCUGAGACGAAGCGCCAAAAGCGUAUUUCUCACAUGAAUUAG